AUGGCUGGAAUGCGGAACGUGGCCUGGCUCGGCCUGCUUUCCAGCUUCAGGCAGACACUUCGCUCAGCGGACCUGCGCUUUGCCAGCCAAGAAAACGAGCUUCGUUUUCGCCAUGACUUGGUGCAACAGUCAUUUCGACUAGCAGCUCCAGCAGGACUGACGCAGGUUGCACUGCAGGUCGUCAUCGCUACCAAUCGCCUGUCUCAGGAGAUGCCUUGGAGUACGGGCAUGUCAGCGCCUGGUCUGAUCUUUUUGUUGAUGCAGGCAAGUGCUGCCGUGCUGAUGGUUCUUGCCUGCCUUCACGGCCUCUUCUCCAAAGGUGAGACGUGCCGCGGCCUCUCAGAGGCUCUGUGGACUUGUGCUAUCAGUGCCAACACUGUCGCCGGUGUCCUUCAUGGACGAUGGUGGCGACUUUGGGUUGAAGAGAGGGAGCUGGACUGCUUGGAUGGAGAAGCAUCAGAGCUUUCUGCAGUUCUUCUAAGUGUUGCCUUCGUUUCGAUUGCUUGCCAUGUCCUCCCUCUCCGGUGUUGCUUCCUUGGUCCGUUGGUGAUCCUGGCUGGGGUGGCCUGCUGCUUCCAGGCCGUGAUGGGCGCUAGCCAAGGCCACCAGUCAGGCGUGCAGAUCCUGAACGCUGCUCUCUUGCUGUGGUUGCUGACAUCCUCAUAUUGUGCUGCUCACCGAAGAGAGCGGAGCUGCCGAGAGGGCUGGAUGCAGGCUUGUUCCCAGGACUCCCUCAUGCGCGAGGCUUCUGUAGAGAAAGAAGUCGCUAAGGCCGCCUUGGCACGUGACCUGAAAAUCUUCAAGUUGUACGGCUGCUGUUUAGCCCUGAGCCUGCACGAGGACUUCCGGAUAUGCAAUGGUUCCCUCCAAGCUGCCAAGUCGUUUUUCGGGAAGGAUGUGGAGGGUUCAAGCUUCCUGAUGCUGGUGGACGAAGCUUACAGGGACAACUUCUCGCAGCUGUGCAAGCAUAUAGAUGGCUCGCGGAUUCCAAGAAGCGUCAACGUGAAGCUUAUCUUAGCAGAUCCGGCCCCUACCGCCUGCCAGCUGAUUCUUCUGUACCAUGGACGCCCAGGACGGACCUACCUGCUUGGCAUCAAGCGGGUCUCGGGCUUCACCGAGCAAAGAAGGUCCUCACCCGGCCGGGUUCAGCCGGAUCCCGAAGUCCAGGACACUCGCCACCCUCUUGCACCCCACCAUGUGGUUCCUUCACCGGGCCCUCUCAGUUCUCCACCGCCACCAGACCCUUCCUUAAUCAGGCAAGAAGUGCUGUGA